AAAAAGUAAAAACCAUCAUUUUCUUCCCCUAAUAAAUAUAAACAAAUUUCCAAUUGCAAGUGCUCUGUACAACAUUUCCUCAAUCCCCAACUUCUGCCCCCUUUAUUUCCUUUCUCGAUUGGAAGACAGAUCGAGGCUGCAAUUCAACUUUAAAGCUAGGGUUAGGGUUUUUGAUUGUUGUUCUCGAUUUUAGCGACUGAAAUUAACCAAUGGGGGCUGAGGCUGAGUCUAGCUUGGGCGUUGCGGGUGCCGAGGAGGUGAAUAUAAAUAUUCGAGGCUCAAACGGCUCUAAAUUCUCGGUGAAAACGAGCCUCGAAUCGACGGUGGCCGAAUUUAAGGGUGUGUUGGCGCAGAACUGUGACGUGCCCGCUCAACAGCAGCGUCUGAUCUACAAAGGUCGGAUCUUGAAGGACGACCAAACCCUGGCUAGCUAUGGUUUGCAGGCAGAUCACACUAUUCAUAUGGUUCGUGGUUCUGCCCCAGCUGCCUCUCCUCCCGAUUCUGUUCCCACCAGUGCUGGAAACACCAACACCAACAGCCCAACUGUUUCUCCUGGUGGUGGCACAGUUCCUGGAGGGGCUGGGGUGGCUGGUACAGGUGCACCCUUAUUUCCAGGGCUAGGUUUGGGAGCAUUCGGGGGAACCGAAGCAUCAGGCUUAUUUGGUAGUGGACUUCCUGAAUUUGAACAGAUGCAGCAGCAACUCACUCAGAACCCGAACAUGAUGAGGGAUAUCAUGAACACACCAGCCAUCCAAAGCUUAAUGAGCAACCCUGAGAUCAUGCGAAAUUUAAUUAUGAGUAACCCUCAGAUGCGUGAGAUAAUUGACAGGAAUCCUGAACUUGCCCACGUUCUUAAUGAUCCUAGUAUCCUUCGGCAAACAUUAGAAGCUGCAAGGAACCCUGAGUUGAUGCGUGAGAUGAUGCGGAACACAGACAGGGCAAUGAGUAACAUUGAAUCUUCUCCCGAGGGAUUCAACAUGCUGAGGCGCAUGUAUGAAAAUGUCCAAGAACCCUUCUUGAAUGCAACAACAGCAGGUGGUGGUGGUGGUACAGGCACUGGUGCUGGAACUAAUCCAUUUGCAGCUCUCUUGGGGAAUCAAGCUGGUGCCCAAACUAGAGAUGGGUUAAACUCAAAUUCUGGACAUGAGUCUGGGGCUGCUGUGCCUAAUUCUAAUCCACUUCCCAAUCCAUGGAAUAAUACUGGAGGUUCUCAAACAAAUAUUGCUAGGAGAAGUAAUCCGACUGGCGAUGCCAGACUACCUUCAAUUGCUGGAUUGGGAGGUAUUGGUCUCCCGCAGUUGGAUCGUACUGAUCCCGCUGCAUUCAGUCAGUUAUUGCAAAAUCCAGCUGUGGCGCAGAUCACACAAAGCCUGCUUUCCAAUCCUCAGUACAUGGAACAGAUCCUGAGCCUUAAUCCUCAGCUUCGCAGCAUGCUUGAUAUGAAUCCUCAAUUAAGAGAAAUGAUGCAAAACCCUGAAAUUCUUCGACAAUUGACCUCACCUGAGACAAUGCAGCAAAUGAUGACUUUGCAACAACAACUUUCUCAACUUACUCGACAGCAGACACCGUCAUCUAGUUUUAUUUUGAUUACUACCGAUGUCAGGGAUAUAGCAUAUCCAUUAUCCAUAGAUAAAAGGAAUGGAGCUGAGACUGGUCAAGGAGCACAAAGCAACAUGGGUUUAGAGAUGCUGAUGAAUAUGUUUGGUGGACUUGGAGCUGGCGGGUUUGCGGCUUCGAACAAUCCUAAUGUACCCCCAGAAGAACUGUAUGCAAGCCAGCUGUCUCAGCUGCAAGAGAUGGGUUUUUACGACACUCAAGAGAAUAUCAGAGCCCUCCGUGCCACUUCAGGAAAUGUUCACGCAGCUGUAGAACGGCUUUUGGGAAACCCGGGUGAAUAAGUCUCUCGACACUUGUAUUUACAGGCAGAGCAUAUUACAUGAUACAACACCUUCUAUUCUGGCUCGAGAAUUUUAAGUUCAUCUUUUUUAUUAAAAUGGGAGAUUAAAAUAUGACUUCAGAUCAAAGACUCAUGAAUCUGCACCAGUGUACAGCGCACACCUGAUGAGUCUUGCAGAUUAGCCACAUUUUAUUUGGAUAAAAAUGGCUGCACUAUUUAUUGUGUUUUAACAAUACACACAUUUCAUUUUUAACUGUGCGCAUAACGGACAGGUUUGUAGUUCUACCGAGUAGAUGCAUGCGGUGUAUUGCUUGCUUCUCAGGCGUGUGCUAUUGAGUAUUGAUUGUUAUUAUAAUGCCCAGACCUUAUUGGAAUUUAAACCUUCUCUUCUCCCCUUUUAUACACUAAUGCUGUCCUUGUAAGUGUGGUAGUUUCCUUCUCCUAAGCAAAUGAACAAUAUAAUCUGAUUUCAUUUCUAAUUUAUGCAUCGAUUAGAA